AGAAAGUUAUUGGAAGGGAAUUAAGCAACUGCCCCAAUCCAAUGCUCCAGUGGAACUUCCUUCCUCCCUACUUUCAGGAGCAUGGAAUGGUUUAUAAAGGGCUGCAGCGCACUUUACAGCACAGCGCUUGUCCACUUUGAUAUUCAUUCGGGACGGAAAAUCAAACCGUGAACUUCCAGCAUGUGUGACCGGAUUUCGGGCUCAUCGACAAUGUCUCUGUCUUUGGGAGUGAUCCUGCUUCUGGCGUUCUUCUCAAAGGUUGAGUCCCACAUUGGAAUCUGCGUGGGUUACCAAUGUUUCGUUGUGCGUAAAGACUCGGCGGACUUCUCAGCCGCGAAUGAAGUUUGUAAAUCCACUGGUGGACAUUUGCAGGCGGUGAGAACAAAUGCAUCGAGCAACGCGAUAUCGACUCUGCUGCCCGGUCUCACGGGUGACUUCUGGAUCGGUCUACACGGCAUCUGCUCUUCCUCUGCAUCAGGUCUGAGAGGAUACAAAUGGAUAACGGGACAAGAUGAGGCGGACUUUGUCAACUGGGCCAGCGACGAUACCGCCUGCCUGGCAUCUCAGCAGUGCGUAACGGUGUCCUCAGACAAUCUCAAAUGGAGAGGGAGAGGGUGCACUGAUAAACCAACCGGAUUUAUUUGUGAGUAUGCAUUUGACAUGGCUUGUCAACCACUCCAGCCAGGGACGCACACCCAGAUUGAGAUGUAUAAGACACCAUAUGACUUUGAGGCCCCACACCUUGACAGUUUACCGAUGGGCAGUCUGGCGAAGCUCAGCAAUGGUGAAAAACAUGUCUGCGUCGGCGACUGGAUAAAUGCGCCUUGGGGCUGUGAGGUGCUUAAUGGUGGCUGUGAACACAAGUGCACCAGCGUUAACGGCCAACCCACCUGUACCUGUCCGCCUGGCUCCUUGGUGGAUAGUAACGGAUGGUCUUGCAGCGUGGACGCAGCUGAUCCUUGCGAAGGGGCACAAUGUCAACACACGUGUCUCCCGCAAAGUGGGACUUUCGUCUGCCUGUGUGACCAGGGCUACGCUCUGGAUGCGGAUGGCAAGAGCUGCAAAGAUGUGGACGAGUGUGUAGACAAGAGGAUCUGUGCCGGGGAUCAUACAAGGUGCGAAAACAUUGUGGGGAGCUUUGCGUGCGUUUGCGAGCAAGGUUUUGAAAUGGAAAAGGGCAUCUGUGUCGACAUCAACGAGUGUGCUAGUGCGCCAUGUGAACACAACAUUUGUAACAACACAGAAGGUAGCUACACCUGCUCCUGUGCAGACGGAUACAAGAUAUCAGACGAGGACCCGCACAUGUGCGAACUGCAUUGCCCGCAGCAGGUAUGCCCAGCCGUCUGCGACCCCAACGACACGUUCAUGUGUUUUUGCCCCGAUGGUUUCGUCAGGGACAAAGGCCCAAAUGGCGAGCCUUUGUGUGUUGAUAUCGACGAAUGCGAAUUUAAUCUAUACUGUGACCAAUUCUGUGAAAACAGCUUUGGUGGAUAUACCUGCUCUUGUGGAGAGGGAUACGAGUUGAAGAAAGGCUAUGAGUGUGAGCCACUUUAUGGACCAGAGACCCCGACAUCGCCCACUGUCGAUACCACCACCACUACUAGUACUAUCACAUAUAGGCCUACGACUGAGAGUCCCAAGAAGGUGACAGCAGGUGCACUGCUUGGGAUCAUUGUUUGCAUUGUGUGCGCUUUACUUGCCAUGGUUUGGUUGGCCCACCACUGCAUGAAGCGCCGAAACGAGCAUUCGCUCCUUGACGCGCGUAAAAGCAAUGACUUGCACGAUCUGCAACAAAUAACAACGGAACAUUACAAACCCAGCUCGUCAGAUAUUCAUUCGAAGGGGGACAGAUAGCCAAAGCAAUCUUAUAGAGAAUCUACAAAACCAAACAACUCAUACUGUCUUUUCGCCGAGUGAGGAUGAGUCUGCAGUUGGUCAGCUUGCACUUUCUCUAUUACCUCUGCUGCUAGGAAAAGGCGAUAUGCAAAAGAAUGUAAAAGAAUAUUUUGGUGUAUUUUGUAUAUAGUAUAAUGUAUCUCUAUGCGUAAUAUAUUUAAUUUGUUUUUCCAGCGAAACAAUGGACUCUGGUGGACUGAACUGUAGCCUACCUUAAUUGUGAAAAUGUGAUGCGGUAACAAUUGUUUAGGCCUACUUAGGCCUAUGUAUCAUGGUCGUUAUUAAAUGAUAAUAAUAAUAAAGGGUUUUGCUCCAGAUACCCAGCAGUUUGUUUUGUCAAAUAGUUUUGUUCAGUAAUAUUUCUAAUUCCAAAAGUCGUCAAGUCAUAUAAUCAUUUUUGCCGGUUUUUUUGUAGGCUAGUUUUGUGUAUAGUGGUAGCCUAUUAUGAG